CGUGCGUGCUGACGUCACCGGUGAGCGAUUCUUUGCCUCUAGCAGCCACAGUGAUAUUUUCUCCGCUGUUGCUGCCACUGGUGUGGAAGUGUAGCAGCCGGAACCGAGCUCGGUGCGCCCCGCCAUCUCCUGCCUGCUCCUGUGGUGGAGAGGAGGGCGCCAUAUUUGUCACUGGCAUCGCUAUCCAUCAUUAAUAUUAUUAUCACGGGGAAGGAACACGGAGCAGCUUCCACAGCCAUCGUGACAGCACCGGGCUGGGGACUUGUGCUGUCAUACACGGAGAGGGCCGGUGCACUCAGCUCCAUCGUUCUACAAAAUAAUGAAAAAAGCCCAACAGAGCUCAUGAUAAGACUAACUGCAGUAAAACCAACGGCCACGCUAAUGUUUUCUCCUGAUCAAGAAAACCAUCCCGCUAAAGCGCCUGUGAAGUAUGGGGAGCUCAUUGUACUGGGAUACAAUGGCUCCCUGCCAAACGGUGACAGAGGCAGAAGAAAAAGCAGGUUCGCUUUAUUGAAAAGACUCAAAGCAAAUGGGGUGAAGCCAAGUACUGUUCACAUUGCCUGUACCCCGCAGGCAGCAAAGGCAAUAAGUAACAAGGACCAGCACAGCAUAUCUUACACUUUGUCACGGGCGCAGACUGUGGUGGUAGAGUACACGCAUGACAGCAACACGGACAUGUUUCAGAUUGGAAGGUCGACAGAAAGCCCUAUUGAUUUUGUAGUAACUGACACAGUUCCAGGAAGCCAGAGCAACUCCGAUACGCAGUCCGUGCAGAGCACCAUAUCCAGAUUUGCCUGCAGAAUCAUAUGUGAAAGAAACCCUCCCUUCACUGCAAGAAUAUAUGCCGCAGGCUUUGACUCAUCAAAGAAUAUAUUUCUUGGGGAGAAAGCUGCUAAAUGGAAGACCUUAGAUGGUCAGAUGGAUGGGCUAACCACAAACGGAGUCCUGGUCAUGCAUCCACGCAACGGAUUCACAGAGGACUCGAAGCCUGGGGUGUGGCGAGAGAUAUCUGUGUGCGGGAAUGUGUUUAGCCUGCGAGAAACCCGCUCCGCUCAACAGAGAGGAAAAAUGGUAGAAAAUGAAAGCAAUGAACUUCAGGACGGUUCCCUUAUUGAUCUCUGCGGUGCAACUUUGUUAUGGCGUACUGCCGAAGGGCUUUCCAGAACUCCAACCGUGAAACAUUUGGAAGCACUCAGACAGGAAAUCAAUGCAGCAAGACCUCAGUGUCCUGUUGGCUUUAACACACUGGCUUUCCCGAGCAUGAAAAGGAAGGACGUUGUUGAUGAGAAACAGCCUUGGGUCUAUCUGAACUGCGGCCACGUGCAUGGCUACCACAACUGGGGAAACAAAGAGGAGCGAGAUGGGAAGGACCGAGAGUGUCCAAUGUGUCGCUCUGUGGGACCCUACGUCCCACUUUGGCUAGGAUGUGAAGCUGGAUUUUACGUUGACGCAGGGCCCCCAACUCAUGCCUUCAGCCCCUGUGGACACGUGUGCUCAGAAAAAACAACUUCCUACUGGUCACAGAUUCCACUUCCUCAUGGUACUCACACUUUUCAUGCAGCGUGCCCGUUUUGUGCACACCAGCUGGCAGGAGAACAAGGUUACAUCAGACUCAUUUUCCAAGGACCUCUAGACUAGUGGCGCUUUCAGGGCUUGCACUGACCACACCAAACUAAGAUCGGUUCGGUUGGCUUCCGAGCCGUCUUCUCCAAGUCAUCAGGACCCCUCUGGCAAGUUUGCAUUGGAAAGAAGAGUUCGGCAAUGGAGAGUCACCACACACAAGAGGCAGACUGUUUUUGCAAGCAGACAUUUCAAAUGGGAUUAUGCAGAUAUGAUUUAAAUGCCUUCAUUAUUAUUUCUGAAUGACCCACCUCAGUGUUAAAUUAUUUUGGGAAACUGGGGAGAAUACAGUCAGCGCAAACUACAUUAGUUUACAGUUAAAAACACAUUGUAAAAUAUAGCAUACAACACUUUUUCUAUUUAACUUUAGUAUGGAAAAUGCCCAGUGACUUGAUAUAUUUGUUCUGCAUAUUGACCCAUUUACUUUGGAAGCUGAAAGUAGCUUGGGCACAAAUUAUAAAAACCUGGACCAUGUUUCUUUCUUUCGGUUUGCUUUCGUUAUUGAGUUAUGGGACAUUUUACUAUUGAAUCAUGUAACAUUGUAACACGAUAAGUGCUCACCAGAGAGUUCUGUAAAUAUGUAGUUCAAUCAUGUCCUCCUUGUUUUUAGUCUUAAAUGUUAAUAAUUUUGCAUACACUUGCAACAUUUCAGGGUUGUAUUUAUCACCAUUUUAUUUCAUAUUUUUUACUCCUGAAGUAUUUGUGACUACAUACAUAUAUAUACAUAUAUAUAUAUAUAUAUAUAUAUAUAUAUAUAUAUAUGUGUGUAAUAUAGAGAGAGAUCAGGCCAGAAUGUUUUUAAAAUCAGAUUUUCUUGGGGACAUGGAAUAUUUUUGCUGGCUCUUAAAUACUUUGAUUAAAUGUUUUUCAUUAACGUGUUCCAGCAGCAGGUUGUUAUUUAUUUUAUGUUUUCCUUCUUUUUUUUUUUUUAAUACUUUUUCUCUCCAUGUUUUAUGAUCGUAGCAUAGCAUUUGCUUUAAUACACCUUGUCCUUGCCAGGAGAGGUGAAAAACCAUCAGUAAAGUGUUUUUGUGAUCUUGGAACAAAAUAAUAGACGCAAGCAAACUGUAAUUUAUUUUAUUAUUAUAAUUUUUUCUAUGCCACCUGUUAUUUUUCUUGGUUUUUUUUUUUAUUUUAUUUUUUUUUUCAUUUAUUUUCACAAACACUCAGGAAAACGAAGUACAUGGGUAGCUAACAUAAUUAUUUAGUUUUGAUUCUUUAAAAAUUUGUCUAUUCAGGUGUUUGUGUGGAACCAGAACCUGAAAUGUAGUGAUGGAAGGUAUAAAGUCUACCCAUCUCCUACACGCAUUAUAGAUGGCCAUUUUGUAAGCUAUUCAUGAGAAUGUAAUCUAUCAAUUUGCUAGGAACCCCUUACAUCAGUGAAGUUUGUGUCCUAGAGGUGUCACUGGGUCCUACAUGUGUCACUAGUUCCAGUUUCUAUAGACUGCCUACAUAAUGAGUCAGGAGGGGAGCAUUUGUAUGCAUUGGUUCUGUCCACAAAAUGGCCACUGUAUGUGUGUGUGUGUGUGAUUGGUACAUUUUAAGCUUACUUAAUGCACCCGUGAGCUGCUUUGUGUUCAGACAUGUAAAUAAAACCUGCAAAUGAUUUGUUAAAUAUAUAUAUAUGUAAGAGUCCAUACUGUAAAAUUUUAUUUGAUUUUAAUCAUAAUUUAUUCUCUUUGAGAAGGAGUCCUGGCUUACCGUUGUGUUUGGGAGAAGUUACUAGCAGAGGUUAAAAGCGUCUAUUCAUGUUUAAUGGGGAUAUUGGGGGCUCAGUGGAUUAGUGGGAACCAUUCAUUAUUUUACAAAAAUUCUAUAUGAAAAAGGAAAAAAAAAAAAGUUCAAAAUUGUCUACUAUGCAUUUACUUACUGCAUAAAAGAUUGUGAUUGUAUUUGUCAAUGAAUUCAUUUUUCUCUUGCUUGCUGUGGCGGCUGUGGCGACUUAUUUGGAUAUGUAUGUUAAAAUAUGCAACUUCUGGUCAGCAUUACUAUGCCUACUUGUUUCCGGGCUUACACCUGCAGCCUGUACAAUGGUGAAUGUGUAUCUCCAUUUAAAGAUAUAUCAGGAAUAUCUUCUGUAUUAGGUGGAGCAUUUUUAAUUCACACAUUUAUAAAGCAUUCCUUCUAAAAGAUCUGUUUUAGAGCUAAGCCAUAAUUGGUGCCCUUUUGUGCAGACAAGCAUACUAUGUAUGAAAUUUACAUCUAAAAUAUCUAAAUGGGGCAGUUACCAAUAAAUCUUAAGUAUAUUUGCAUAUUAAAUGAAUUCUGUGAAACUUGA